AUGGCAGGCCUCCCAUCUUGCAUUCUCCGCUUUAUCUGUCACAUUCCAACCGGAGACGCCGGCUUCAACGGCAGGAAAGUCUAUGAUCUGAUCAAGAAGGUGGACGAUAUUCAAGCCUUUCCGAACGGCGAAGAGUUUCUCAAAGGGCUGAACUUCGUUGCCAAAGCGGCGUUGGGGGUGUUUUUUUCCCUCUCACAGGGGCUUGCUACUUUCGGCUGGAAUUUUGCCAUGUUCGUGCUUUCAUAUCCAGCCUUUGGUCCCUUCCUCUUCAUAAUCGGGCUAAUAGACGCGACACUUGUUAUCCCUCUCAUUCUCGGUCUACGAAACCAGUUCAAUUAUCUUCCCCUCUCGUCCGUUCCCUGUGCCCACGCGGAAAACUGGAGAAACGGAACCGAUGGCCGCAAUAUCUUCGUUGACGCGAGUCGAAGGAAUCCGGACCACUCUCCGAACGAAAUUUGUUUUGAAGUGGUAACAAAUAUGAAAUGGACUAUUGCGGUCAUACCUUUCGGCUGCCUUGACAUGAUGUUCCGCCCUUUCAUCGCCCUCAAGCAUGCCACCUCUGCAGGAGUGAGAUAUACUUUCAGAUAUCUAUCAAAGUUUCUUCAGAGACCUCAAGGUCGCGAUAUGGGAUUGAAAGCACAUGUCGAAUAUCCAUUGGAGGAGGCCGAUUUUCAGGUCGAAUUGGCCCAAAAUAGUAACCAAAAUGUUUCCCAUCCGCUUCAUUUCAUAGAUGUUGUGCAAUCCAAGCUCGCACCGAUUGAAGAGCGAGAUGAGGGCACAUUGCAAAAUCUGCCGUAUCCAAAUAUGCAGGUCAUGUUCAUCGAUCACCAAAGUCGCCAGUUCGGUGGCAUCCGCACAUCUGAAAACAUGCACUCCAUACUGCACCAGAUGUUUCUACGCGCACUGUUGCCGAAGCGACGGUACACGAAGGAGGAAAGAGCAUUUAUCCCAAUGCCAACUGGCUAA